AUGACUACUUCUACUUCUACUACUACUAGUAUUGAUACAAUCUUUAAACAGAUUAUCAAUAACAUUGUACUCAGAGAAAAGAUAUUCAAAGGUGUAUAUGAUAUUCAUACACUUUUAAAAGUCUAUUCAAGAAGAAAGGAGUCUGCGUUGAUUAGUCUGACUGAUUACAUCAAUUUUAAGAGACCCGAUUUGUUUAUCAAACACUUUGACACUGUAUUGAAUUCAGUCUUAUCAAUCCUUGAUAACUGUGAUCCCAAUGUUAAAUCAUCAGAGUUGAACGAUAAUCAAAGAGUACGAGCAUUCUUUGAAGACCUUUUAACAACUGCCGCAAAGAAUCAAAACCAUAUUAUUUUUAAAUAUUUGGUUGAAAGAUAUCAACAAUAUCAACAACAACAAACUACCAAUAAUGAAAAUACUACCAUUCUUUGUUUAGUAACUCAUUUUUAUGGAAGUAAUCAGAUGAUUGUACAAUCAUCAUUACAAUUUACAAGAUUAGUAUUAGAUUAUAUCAAAGAUGGUUUAAUAUCUUUGAAAUCAGAGAGUAUUGGUGAAUUUACUCAAUAUGCAAUCACGGUUGCAUUAUCUCAUAUUGAUUUGGACACUUUGGUACUUGUAAAGAAGUUGUAUCCCCAACACCCAGAUCCAUACUAUCCAUCACCAAUCAUUUUCGAUGGCUUUUUUAAAAACAACACCAAUGCCCAAGACCAAAAGAAUAUGUUGGAUUAUGUUAUUCAAAAUGGUGUCAUCAAUAUACGUUUAAUUCCACAAGCUAUGAGAGCAUUAUUGAUCAAGUUGUUACGACCUGUUCCCUCCACUUCAUCCUCUUCAUCCACUACUACUUUAUAUCAACUAUCACCAACCUACAAACCAACCAUUAAAAUGAUAUUAAACAACUAUAGAGAACACUUGACAUUACCCAAUCUAUGUAGUAUUGAUGAUAUGAUCAAUACUAUCAACAAUGACGGUGAUGAUAGUGAUGAUACUAUCAUAUUGUAUCAAUACAUUUUUUUGAUUAAUUAUGGAACAAAGAAAAUGGAUAUGUGGCCAUUGGGAAAUGACCAAUCUAAAAAGAUUGGCUAUUUAGAGUAUUUGAUCGAGAAACAAAAACAAACCAAAUCAAUGGAGGCAUUUUGGGAGUUGUCUGCUAUUCUCAGAGUUGCUCUUUAUAUUGGUCACCAACCUACAAUUGAUUGGUGUUUGCAAGAGAUUGGGUCAUCUCAAACAGGUCCGGCUACUGAAGGAUUUGUCUAUGAUACAUUAGAUAUUUGUCCUUCCAUCUUGACAAUUGACCUGUUGAAAAAGUCACCAUCCCUAUGUCACAAAUCCAUCCUCUUCAAUACAAUUGAACAACUUCACGAUAACAAAUCAUCACCAUCGUUGUCUUUAUCAAUCAAACAAGUAUUGGAAUAUUUAUUGUCAGGUGACGAUGAAGAGGUCGUUUUGGAUGACAGGGAAUAUGUAAAGGCAAUAGGUGAGGCAAUAAGAAACAACGAUCUUGAAACUCUUAAAUUGGUGAUGAAUUGUUCGAGUUUGACAAGUUCGUAUCAAAUCGAUGCAGAACUAUUUGAAAAUGCAAAUCAAGAGGUGGUAGAAUACAUAUUCUCAAUGGUAAAAGAGUAUCCCGACUAUUUCAAUAUCAAUCCUCACUCUGACAAGGUGAUCAAUCCAAUAGCUGCCAGGGCCAUGUUGACCCACCUCCAAAAGGAAAUAGAGUAUGAUCUUAUUGUAUACUAUCUGUCUUGUAUUUGCAGUGCUGGAAAAGACCUCACUGCUUUAAAAGAGGUUCUUGGCGAGCUUGGACCUCUUCCCAAACCAUCUUGGAAUACUUCCAACGAAGGAUUUCUUCAAGAUCUUAUCGAUGCAAAACAUUAUGAAACGGCAUCAUAUAUCUUGGAAUACUUUGUAUCCGCCAAACAUGCUAGAGAUGAUUAUCUCGAUAGUUUGGAACCAUUUGGCAAUAAACAUGUUGACCAAGACUACGUGCACUAUCUGUCAUCAAUCUCUAUGGCCUUGUCAAAUGACCAGUAUGAAUUGGCUGACCGUUUAAUCGAAUACUUUUCAUUAGAUGAUCGUGUAGCAGCAUCAACCAAUCGAUUCAUCCAUUUUGACACUGCGUCUCACCUGAUUGCCUAUUCUUGGACUCUUUCAGACACCCAAUUUAAUCAUCUCUGGGAACUCUUUUACGGUCAGGAUAUUAUAGAUCGUCGUAGUAGUAUCAGUAUCAACAACAACAUUGACAAACCAAACUAUUUUACAAAGUUACAUUUGACAAUCAACUAUAUCAUCCAAACUAUAUUAGAUCUUAUAACGUAUAGAGUCACCAACAUUAACCAUCGAUUUAUUGCGUGUGACAUUUCAAACCAACAACAUUUCCAACAACUCCAACAUCACAUUGACCGUAUCAUCAAUCGAUACACCAUCUUUAUGAACCAAUACCAACACUUGAAGCAUUUAGGUUUGGAACCAUUAGAUGCACCUUUCAGUGUAUCGGUAUUGUCCGGUUCCCAAUUUGACACACAAACACUAUGGUCAUCAACAUCGGCUUCCAUUUAUCAAUAUCUUGGUACUAGAUUCUACACCAACAAGUCCUCCUCCGACCCUCUCGAAAAAAUCAACCAAUACACUGAAACUGAAUAUCAAGUAUUAAUGAAUCAAGCUAUUAGAUUUCAUUAUUUAAAUUAUAAAUUAUAA